AAUGAAGGACGUGCAACAUGUCACUUGAAUAAACAGACUUUCUUUUUAAAAAUCCAAAGUCAUCACUCAAGACUCCUCCGCGCCCCGUGUCGACAUCCAUACUUCGCUCUCGCUCGGAACACUCGAACUCACGCACUACUCACUUUGUCAACUGAGUUGCCAACUUCGCGAGCAUCCUCAUUUCUCGGCAUCUACCCCGGGUGGGCUUCUCAUGCGGAGCACAAACUCCACUAGCGCCAGUUUCCCCCCGUCCACAUCCUGCUCCGUACCGCGCCGUUCACUUAUCGACCUACCUCUCUCGGUAACCACCCUGGGAAGCCCGAACCUAGGCAUUACGUACAGGAUCAUUAUAUCUUCAACGCUCACGUUCUGACCUAUCCUGUUGACUGCUCCUCCUCCUUAACCGACUACCGGCAUUAUAUCCCCCGUCGACUAGACAGCCUGAUCCCUCUUCAUCGGCUAGAUUCCCCGAAAACCUGGACCCGGACCAAGGGGGACUAUCUAUCUGUGUGCCUGUCCUGCGCAUUCCCAUCUCCGAACUCGCUGCACCUUACGCCCUUUUUGAAUGACGCCAUCUACAUUUUCCAGAGAUCUCAUACAAAUCAUUGACCUUUGAUUAUUCAUUCUCCUAAAGAGACUGAGAUAACAUCGCCUUUCAUCUCAUAAUACUUCCUCUGGCCCCCAAAUUAAACUUGCCCCGCCAUCUCAUCAUCACCACCGUUCCCUAUCGGUUAUCGCGAUCGAUAACCCCGCACCACGCGCACGACUCACCAUGCCCCUCACCAGCGAGUCCCUCCACUCGGCGCAAGCAAGCGAAUUCUCAAAGUUCGCCAGCCGAAGGAGUGUCGUUCACAGCACAAAGGGAAUCGUAUCAUGCACGCAGCCGCUGGCCGCAAAAUGUGGUAUCGAAAUCCUCCAGGCUGGCGGUAAUGCCGCUGAUGCCGCCGUUGCAGUCGCUGCCGGACUGAACAUGACAGAGCCGUGCUCCACGGGCAUCGGCGGCGACAUGUUCAUCCUCUUCUACGAUGCCGCCACAAAGAAGGUCUCGGCCAUGAACGGCUCCGGCCGCUCGGCUCAGAAGUCGACGCUCGAGACCAUCCGCAAGGACCUCGGAAUCAAGGAGGGCGCAUCGGGCAAGAUCCCCAUGAAGAGCGUCCACGCCGUGACCGUCCCCGGUGCCGCCUCAGGCUGGGUGGACACCAUUGAGCGUUUUGGCAGCGGCAAGGUCUCCCUCGAACGGGUGCUGUCCCCGGCUAUCGAGCUCGGAGAGAAGGGCUUCCCCGUCUCAGAGCUGACGAGUCACUACUGGAACACAGCAGAGCCUCAGAUCAGAGAGGCGUCUCCCAACUUUGCAGAAAUGCUGAAGAAGGACCCCAAGGCCUCAGACAGAGUGAGGGCGCCCAACCCUGGCGAAAUCAUGAAGAACCCCACCCUGGCGCAGACCUUCCGCACUCUCGCCAAGGAGGGCAAGAAGGGCUUCUACACGGGGCGUAUCGCCGAAGAGCUGGUCAAGGUCGUCAAGGAUCUCGGCGGCCACCUGGAACUCGACGAUCUGGCCCACCACCUCGAGCUGGGAAGCGAGCCCGUCGACCCAAUCUCACUCAAGUUCAAGCCCGCCCUCAAAAAGGAGGCCAACGGCGCAUCUUCCGGCGGCAGCGGCGACGGCGCCGUCGAGGUGUGGGAGCACCCGCCCAACGGCCAGGGCAUCGUCGCCCUCAUGGCCCUCGGCAUCAUCCAAGAGCUCCAGGACUCGGGCGUCGUCCCCGCCUGGUCCGCAGAAGACCACAACACGGCGCCCUACCUCCACGCCAUCAUCGAGGCCCUCCGCCUCGGCUUCACCGACGCGAGCUGGUACGUCACGGACCCCAACGUCGUCACCGUGCCCUCGGCCGGCCUCAUCUCGCGCGAGUACUCGGCCGCCCGCGCAAAGCUCUUCGACCCAACAAAGGCCACGCAGAAGCUCCACGUCGGCGAGCCCCCCAAGCACGUGUCCCCGGCCCUCCAGAGCAGCGACACCGUCUACUUCUCCGUCUCGGACGAGCACGGCAACGCCGCGUCCUUCAUCAACAGCAACUACGGCGGUUUCGGCACCUGCAUCAUCCCCAAGGGCUGCGGCUUCACGCUGCAGAACCGCGGCGCCAACUUCAGCCUCGACGCGGACCACCCCAACAGGCUGGAGCCCAGGAAGCGGCCCUACCACACCAUCAUCCCCGGCAUGGUGACCAACGCGGCCGACGGGUCGCUGCACAGCGCUUUCGGCGUCAUGGGCGGGUUCAUGCAGCCGCAGGGCCACGUGCAGGUUCUCCUCGGCCAGCUGGUCGCGGGGCUCACGCCGCAGCAGACGCUCGAUGCGCCGCGCGUGUGUAUCGUUGCGGGCUUGCCCGAGAGGGACGCCGACUUUGACUGGACUGUCAGCGUGGAGGAGGGCAUGCCGGAGGAGACGGUGGAGGGUCUGCGCAAGCUCGGGCACAAGGUUGAGGUGGUUACCGGAUCUGAGAGGGGGCUGUUUGGCCGCGGGCAGAUCAUUAGACAUACCGUCGAUACGGUCGAGGGGACGGGCGUGUGGUCUGCGGGAAGUGACCCGCGCGGUGACGGUGCUGCGUACCCGGCACUCUAAGGUGCUCCGAGGUCGAGUUUCCAGAUAAUCUGUAGCCG